GCCGAGUCCGUUUCCUCUUUCCGGCGCUCCGGGUGUCCCAAAGCUCCAUCCCGCCGCCUGUCUCGCUCAACCCGGCCCAGCUCCGCUCGACCCCGGCGCCUGCUCGCGCCCGUCGGACCCAGGCUCAGACCGGUCCCGGCCCCGGCCCGGCCGCCUCCAGCACCUCCUUCGGCCCUCCUCGGGACCCCGGACAGCGACCGUUACAAGGCCGCGCGCCGCCGUCGCCAUGAACGAUAAGAUGUGUGAACACCCUGCUGGACUGAACCCCUUGAAGGUGGCUACUUUGAUCCAGAAGCUGAACAGUGACCCACUGUUUUCCCUGGCCCAGAAUGUUGGGAGCACCCAUGACCUGCUAGACAUCUGCCUGAGGAGGUCCACAGUGCAGGACACACAGCAUGUCUUCCAGCAUGCUGUGCCUCAGGAAGGCAAGCCAGUCACCAAUCAGAAGAAUUCAGGAAGAUGCUGGAUCUUUUCAUGUCUGAACGUUAUGAGGCUUCCUUUUAUGAAGAAAUUAAAUAUUGAAGAAUUUGAAUUCAGUCAGUCUUAUCUAUUUUUCUGGGACAAGGUUGAACGCUGUUAUUUCUUUUUGAAUGCCUUUGUUGAAACAGCCCAGGAACCUGAAGAUGGAAGGCUGGUGCAAUAUUUACUUACUAAUCCUGCAAAUGAUGGUGGACAGUGGGAUAUGCUAGUCAACAUUGUUGAAAAAUAUGGGGUUGUCCCAAAGAAGUGCUUCCCUGAGUCUCAUACAACAGAGGCAUCUAGAAGAAUGAAUGACAUUCUGAAUCACAAGAUGAGAGAAUAUUGUAUACGACUAAGAAAUUUGGUAAAAAGUGGAGCAACAGAAGAAGAUAUCUCUGUCACCCAGGACAGCAUGAUGGAAGAGGUCUUCCGAGUGGUCAGCAUCUGCUUGGGCACCCCACCGGAGAAAUUUACCUGGGAGUAUCGAGAUAAGGAUAAGACUUACCAUAAGAUUGGACCCAUCUCACCCUUGGAUUUCUACAGAGAACAUAUCAAACCUUUCUUCAAUAUGCAGGACAAGAUUUGUCUGGUGAAUGACCCUCGGAGUCAGCAUAAGUACAACAGACUGUACACCGUGGAAUACUUGAGCAAUAUGGUUGGUGGCCGAAAAACUCUGUACAACAACCAGCCCGUUGACUUUUUGAAAAAAAUGGUUGCAGCCUCCAUUAAAGAUGGAGAGGCUGUAUGGUUUGGCUGUGAUGUUGGAAAACACUUCAAUGGCAAGCUGGGCAUCAGUGACAUGCAUAUUUAUGACCAUGAGCUGGUGUUUGGUGUCUCCUUGAAGAACAUGAACAAAGCAGAGCGGUUGACAUUUGGCGAGUCCCUGAUGACCCAUGCCAUGACCUUCACGGCAGUCACAGAGAAGGCUGCUCAUGAGGGAACAUAUGAAAAAUGGAGAGUAGAGAACUCCUGGGGUGAAGACCAUGGUCAUAAAGGCUACCUGUGCAUGACGGACCAGUGGUUCUCCGAGUACGUGUACGAGGUGGUGGUGGACAAGAAGCAUGUGCCGGAGGACGUGCUGCAGGUCCUGAAGCAGGAGCCCAUCGUGCUGCCAGCCUGGGACCCCAUGGGGGCUUUGGCCAAAUGACUCCCGGCCCCGCGGUUCUCGCCUCCUCGAGCAGGACCUGACAUCCGCGCGAAGGACUGUCCUGGGGCCUGAGGCCAAAGCGGAGGAGGUGACCGAUCCAGCCGGGCAUAGGCAGACUCCUGUUUGCUGACCCCUCGCUCCAGGGGCUUCCUGGGGAAUUGUGCUUCUUUGCGCUGUACUGUGGACUCCAAACACUCACUUCAGACGGGCUAGUCUUUAAAAGUCAGAGCAGGUCAUGCUGUUUCCUCUCCUCAACCCCAGCGAGUCCCGCAGGCCCUGCACAGGGCGCGGGAAGGGGGAGCUCUUAGAGUUUUAACAAUCACAUUUUUAAAAAGUGAAACUCCAUAGAACAGAGGAAGAGCUUUGGGACACAGGCGAACGGAGAGGGCCGCCGCUUUCACCGUGGCCCGGCUUCUCCGAUUUCCGAAGGAAAGGGUCACCCCGAGAUUUAAGCCCACAGAGCUGCCCGCUGCGUGAGCAAUGACGGAGGCUCUGCGCUCUGGUGGCUGAAUUUCAUCUUUUCCAUUUUAGCUUUAUCUGCCUCUACCAGCAUGGGGAUACCCCAUAGGGAGGGCCCCAGGAGGCUGAUCGAGUUGGGCCUGGUUCCCGUGGCUUGGAGUUAGAAGGGUGGGGGGAGGAGAGAGGACACACCACCGCUUGCUAAAAUCCCAUUGAAGCUGGGGCUCAGGAAGUUGAGGUGAGACAGUGACCAAAAUCAUAUCAUGACCUGAAUUUUAAAAAAUAGGGGAAUCUCUAGCCAAAUGGUGUCAUUUUAAACUUCUGCAUCUGGAGGGGGGCAGGGCAGGGGAGGGUGGGGGCUGGGCUGCAUACUUUGAGACAACUAGAUGGUGCUGUGAAGCUUUUGAAUAAAACACUUUCCUAAAUGA